GGAAAAGUUUAUCGCUUCAAGGAUGCAUAUCGUGAAAUGUUUCAUAACGAAAUGUUUCACGAUUGCUGGCAACACUGAUGGAAAGUGCAUCGCAAAACCGUCAAAAGAUAAAACCAGAAGAGGGGCCGAAUGAGAGAGAAACGGGUUUUGUUUGUGUACAUUGCGCUUGUGCGGCGGGAGUGCAAACCGAGCGACAACUAGAAGGGAGUGCUUGACAACUGGCACAAGGCUAGGCAGGGGACCGGUUCCGGCGGUGAAAACUUGGUCAGCAGCACCAUAAGCGUGUGAUUGCCACACACAGCGGCAGCAGUAGAGUGCUACUUUUCGUGUUGCAUCGUGCUGGUGCAUAUUGGCCGGGGCGAUUUGCUAAUUUACGGUCCCUUCUAGAACGGACCGCUUACGGCGAAAAUGCGUUUAUCGUGAAUGGCUCUCGUCAACAGCUCAACCGUACCUCAAUGCACAGGGUGGUGGGGUUUCGUGUUGCGAGAGAACUGUGUAACAUAUCGUCCGAUGUGCUGCGCAAACUAGGUGAUGACGAUGAAUGACGAAAAGACGGCGAAACCCCAGGCCGAGUGCGGACAGCGUAAGAAUAGCGCAUUCGAGACGUACGGUGUCGCUGGCUCUAGUAGAAAAAUUUGCAAACGUGUUAACGUGUAGGCGAUCCACAAAACCGUAAGAAAAGUUUGUGCAAAUUGUGAAUUCACGAAAAAGAAACGGAAUAUACAGCCUACGGACCACGGACAGGGAAUGCGUUGCGUUAGGAUACGCGAGAAAAAGGUCGGAUAAGGUCAUCAUAUCGCCUAGGAUAAAGUGUGUGCAAACAGACUCGAUAUAGUGGCGACGUAGCAGAUAACGUUUGAAACACAGGUAAAAAAAAUGGCAACGACACGCACUGAAUCACCGGAUCGCCGUGCGAUGGUGGAAACAUUUACGAUAAAGCUAUCACCUGGGAAGUUAUCCGAGUUUCGGAAUUUGUUAGCACCGCAAUAUCGUGAGCAUCGCGAUAUGACGAAAAGGUAUAGAGUGACUGUUCCUUUCCCGAAAGAUGGUCCUGUGACGCCAGCGAAAUUGAAGAAACUGGUGCUUGCCAGUGGACGAAUUCAACUGUUACUUGACGAGCAAACAUCUAACGAUAAAACGAAACGCGCGAAACUAACCAAAACGAUCGUGGAGUUGUUAGAAGAGAUUGGACUGGCAGAAAAUUUACCUGUCCUUCGUACGCUAGGCACGAUGCUGAACGCAAUUUUCGAUCGCAUCUAUACCGGUGUGCUUGUGAAUGAGGUGAAACUGGAGCAGCUAAGAUCACGUUUUGGACGUCAAACGGUGCUUUAUCUGCCGAGCCACCGCAGCUAUGGUGAUUUUAUACUAAUGUCUUACGUACUGUUCUGCUACAAUAUCGCUAUACCGGGAAUAGCGGCCGGUAUGGACUUUUACUCGAUGGCCGGAAUGGGCAGUGCAUUGCGGAACACUGGGGCGUUCUACAUGCGCCGAACGUACGGUAACGAUCGUCAGUACUGGUAUAUCUUCCGUGAGUACAUGCGCCAGCUGAUUGUGGCUUAUGACCGUGGGAUCGAAUUCUUCGUGGAAGGAACGCGUAGUCGCAGCAACAAGGCGCUUAUGCCCAAGAUAGGGCUGCUGUCGAUGGCACUGGAACCACUUUUUAUGGGUGAGGUACCGGAUCUGCUGAUCGUGCCCGUGAGCGUAUCGUACGAUCGGCCCGUCGAGGAGCAGUUGUUCGUGUACGAGCUACUGGGUGUACCGAAACCGAAGGAAACGACCCGCGGACUGCUGAAAGCGUUAAGCAUUGUGCGUGAAAACUUUGGCACCAUCUAUCUCGAGUUUGGUGAUCCAUUGUCGGCGAAGGAUUACUUUGGCGAUGGGUUGAACCGUACGCGACAUACGAUUGCACCGACAUUUGCUCAAACGUUAGCCAAGGAGGAGCGAGAUGCAAUUCAAAAUUUGGCCAAUGAUGUGGUGCAUUUGCAACAGCACCGCAUGGUACUGACUACCUUCCAUCUGAUUGCGCUGUACUACAAUUACAGGAAAUAUCACGGCCAAACUGUAACGCUCGGUGAGUUAGUCGAAGGUGUCGCCAUGCUUGGACGUAUGUUCGAGGAUCUCGGUGCGAUCACGGAAGUAGAGGGUUGUGAAAACGUGGAAACGCUUUGUUUAGCUGCGCUCGAUGUACACCGGAACGUUCUGCAGCUGACGACCGAUGGUGUGCUGACGAUUGCCAGGACGUACCACGAUUUUAGUCGGGUCGAUAAAAGAAAGCUGAAGGGCUACAACCUGACGGACGGUGUGAUGAAGCUUGCGGUGCCAAUAUUCUCUCUACAACUAUACUGCAAUCCAUGUCUGCACUGGUUAGCCGUUCCGGCAAUGGUACUACUAGCAGCACGUAGCCUAACCUCAGAAACCGGCCCAUUGCGGCGUAGUGAUCUUGUUGAAAUGGUACAUGAACUGAGAAAUUUAUACGGUCUAGAGUUCGUGCUGUACGCACGUCGAGAGGUUGUUGAAUUUGAUGCCGCGUUGGAUCAUCUUUAUCGACAGGGUCUGCUACAAUGCAAUCCAGUCGGGCAAGAUAUGCUACACUUUCUACCGAACAUGAAUCGUCACCAGUUGGCUAACGUGUAUCUUAGCGCCCUUGGUCCCUUCCUGUGUACGUACUUCCAGGCGACGGACGUAUUACUGAGUCAGUUUCGCGCUAAAGAAAGUUUCACAGAAAAGGAAUAUCUUGCCUCGGUGCAGCAGCACGUUGAACAGCAACUAUUACGACAGGAGCGUAACGUUCAUCCGUACUGUCUGUCACUGGAUAGCAUUAGUCUCACGUUGCAUUCUCUAGUCACGGUUGGUGCAAUAAGGAAAACGAAAAGAGAAAACGUGUAUCGCUACGAUCUUGAUACGGACGGUAUGAUCGAGUCCAUAAACCAACGACUAAAGCGCUACUGUAUGUUGCUUCCCUUCGAGUAUCUCACAUUCCAGGAUGCGGUAACCGGAUCCAAACUGUAAUCCCGAAAGGGGACAACCGAGGUCGACAUCACAACCACAACGCUCACACUCAUAAUUGCAAUUAUUGUAGCUUUUGCUUUUAAUAUUAACGACCGUAGCAUGAAGACUAGGUAAAAGCGUUGCUGGAAGAAACAUUUCUUUAAUGUAUAGUAAAGUUGUGCAUUUUAUUUUAACGGAUUUCGUCGUUAGUAGUUAGUAUUUAGCGAAUGGUUUACAUAAUUUGUAAAAGGCAUUUAUAAUUUACGGGGAGCUGGGGUACGCUUCGACAUUGUUGCAAAUGAAACAAUAAAAGAGAUUAA